CUCUCGUUCCUCCUGGAUCGAUUCCAUCGCCCCGUCGCCUCUCUCUCGCGUUUCUCUCCAUCGCUCCCUCACCCCCUCCCGGAUCGAUUCCGUCGAAGCGGCGGCGUCCAGAUGAGCGACCCUUCGAAGCUUCCGACUCCCUCCCUACUGCCGUCGUGCUCCUCCCCACACAUCUCUCCCCGCUCCACGCCGCUCCCCCUCACUUCCGCAACUCCCUGCGGAGUUCCCCAUCCACCAGGAUGCGGGCGCUUCGAUACAGCGGGGGAGGGUUGCGAGCGGUUAGAUCCGAUGCCGGAGGCGGCUCCUUUCGAAGGAUUUGCCUCGAUGGCAGAGUUCGAGGCAGCGGCGGAACAGUUUAGGGUUUUCAUUCAAGAGACGAAAGCCAAGGCGGAGGAGGCGUAUCAGCUUGCGGUUUUGAUCCAAAAGGCGGCGGCGGGAGGGGGCUCAGAUGUGGCAGCGGCCUUGGAGGUUUGCAAGAAGGCGGCGGAGGCAACGGCGGCGGGUGGAGCCAGUUCAGAUGCGGCAGCGACAUCGGAGAUUUGCAAGGCGGCAGAUGUGAUGGUCAAGGAGGUGGCGGCGCACGCGGAUCUGAUACAGGAGGGGUCGGCGGAGGAGGAGGCUUACCGACCUCCUGUUCUGAUUCCGGUGGCAACAGCUAGGGACUUUGGCGGCAGUAUGCGUGGAUUGACUCAAAGGACUAUGUUGGGAGAUGAUAGCGACCACAUGGCCAUGUUCGAGAAGAAGGCAAGCGUCACGCAAACUGACAUGAAGGAGAAGAGGGGAAAAGCUAAAGAUGUUAGCAUCGACGAGGACAAGUCAAGCGAUGAUGAUGUUGAUAUGGUCAUUGGGGGAUAUGCGCAAGAUCCAUACGAUGAUAGCGGCCUAGAAGAACUCCUACAAGACCAAGACGCACUGGAAAAAUCGAUGUUCCUCAUAGGCAUCAGAGUUAACAUCAAAAGGAAAGCCAUGUUGGUUGUGACCUCCAUAAAUUUGCAGAAUUUCAUCCAUGGCAUCGGCACCGUCUACAAUAACAAUUACCAUUACAACAUCAGCAAAGGAGAUUAUCAUAUCUGAAAACCACAAUCAAGGUCACCUGGAUGGUUAUGGUUGGCACCUCCCUGCACAUCACCUCCAAGUUGAUCCUCCUCUUGACCAACAUGCAUUUCAACUUCUGCAACCACUGGUUCAUUAAGGUCAGGCACAUCAUGCUCAUCUCCCUCAUCUGCCACUGGUUCAUUAAGGUCAGGCACAGCUUGCUCAUCUCCCUCAUCUGCUAGUUCAUUUAGAUCUAAAGCCAUGAAGGUGGUGUUUUUGCAGACUCAUGAAGUGAUAAGUUGGGAGGGAAACUUGUGAGAAUGGUUCAUUUUGAGCUUUUAUAGGGUAUCUUGUGCUGGGGUGUGCUCAAAUUUGUAUUUCUUGCCGCCAAGCAAUGGUGUUGUUUGAUUCAAAUUAGUUGGCGCGCUGGAUUAGUGGCCUGUACAGAUAUUUGGUGCCCAUGAUUGGUGUACUACUUGUACUACUCUACUCAAGUUGGCUGCAGAUAUUCAACUUGUAUUAUUAUUUUAUUUGUAACUAAUGAUUGGAUGUACUUGUAUUGAGGGCAUUGUUGUCUUUUGUCACU